AUGGAUGUGCUUUCGGCCGAAGACCGAAAUUCGAACAUGGACGCCGAUCUAGCCUCUUUAUUGACUUCCAAAAGCCACCAGCGUGAAGUGCUAUUUUCAGAUGCACUCGGACUUCUGCAGUCAAUACAGACUCUUCCAUCUUGUCAUCAAAUGGCAGUUUCAAAACUCGUUACUUCCUGCCAGUCGAUCGGGGGCAGAUCUGAAAAGCCGGACCCACACACAUUUACGACGCUGGAGCACAUCCGCUCAAUUUACGCGGCAAGACUUGCCAUAUGCGAGCUCAAUGAAGCGGGUGCUGCAGUUCCCACUUCAUGUCAUCCUAUAACUAUGCGGCUGCCGCAGAAGAAAGGGCUCUUCGGGCUGUCCACCGGUUAUAAGACCCACUUUAAUGCUGCAGAAACCGUUACCAAAGGACAAUUGGAGUCCUGUCUCCGUUCUCUAGAGUCACGGCCGCAGUGGUGGACAUCAUAUAGUAACAGUAGGCAAAAUGCCGUGGUCAUAUGCCAAGCAGCCAGAUUUGAGAAUGAACGGGAGGAAAUCAUUGAACUCCACCGGUCUAUUAUUGAAGGCACGAUAAAGCUUGAUCAUGGGCUUCAGAAAGCAUUGAAAGUGGCCGCAACUGGGCUCUCUCAAUAUAAGGACUUCCUGCAAUCAGUGGAAGACAUGAGAAGCAAGCUGGUCGUCAGCAUGGAGGAGACGGAGAUACACUUCAAAACUAGGUUCGAGAAUUUGAUCCUCGACAUGGGUGUCCACGUUGGCUCGAUCCUAGAGCCUGUGGUUUCCACUAUAAGGAAUCUACAUAGCAGCACGGCGUCUCUUGACAAAGAUAUAGCGAACGCAGCGGAAGGUGUCAACAGCUUACGGGACAUCUUGAAGCUCGUUGAGGAUGAAGGCAUAGCAUGGGGUCAGCAGCAAGCAGUAACUCGACAGCAGGAUGCUCUCACAAUGAGUGACCUAGUUUCAGACAUUCAAAGCGACAUAGAAAAGCUGUCUGGCACAGUAGCAAACUUCGACUCUGCCCUACGCCUAAGUAAUCUUGAAAAUGCCCUAAGUGGAUCUCAAAUGAUCGCUGAGGACCUGCGCAGCGCUCAACUAGGGCAGAAUGAACUCCAAGAGCAUAUCCUCACAAAUAUGCGGAUCUCUCAAGCGCUUUUCGAUAAAACAACGGCCGCAGCUGCGAACCUGCAGACAGUUGUCGACGACACUGUGAAACGACUUGAAGAUGUGCCUGCUUCAAGCCGUCUCUUAGGCUCAUACCCUACACCCGUGUAUAGCCUUUUAAUCGGCUUUGUUGGUGCACAAAGCCCCAGGGCAGCCAUAGUUCUACUCGUUGUUUCCAUAUAUCAUUUCCUCCUUGAUUCAUGA